UGCCCUCCUUUCAGAAACCCCGUAGUCGGCAGUAGGCGGAAGCUUCAACAAAUAGGUCCAAAAUGGCAGGAGCUGAUGGAGACGAUUCGCUGUACCCCAUAGCUGUUUUAAUCGAUGAACUUCGAAAUGAAGACGUCCAGUUGCGGCUGAACAGCAUUAAGAAGCUGUCCACCAUCGCGUUGGCGUUAGGAGUGGAGAGGACUCGCACAGAACUCCUUCCCUUCCUCACUGACACCAUCUACGAUGAGGACGAGGUCCUGCUGGCUCUGGCUGAGCAGCUGGGCAACUUCACCAUGCUUGUGGGAGGCCCUGAAUUCGUCCAUUGCCUCCUGCCCCCGCUGGAGAGCCUGGCCACUGUGGAGGAGACAGUGGUGCGGGACAAGGCGGUGGAGUCACUGCGCAAGAUCUCUCAGGAGCACUCGCCCGUGGACCUGGAGGUGCACUUUGAGCCCCUGGUGAAGCGCCUUGCCAGCGGAGACUGGUUCACCUCCCGCACCUCCGCCUGCGGCCUCUUCAGCGUCUGCUACCCCCGUGUCUCCAGCACCGUCAAGGCUGAGAUCAGGCAGCAUUUCCGCACGCUGUGCUCCGACGACACCCCGAUGGUGAGGCGGGCCGCUGCCUCCAAGCUGGGAGAGUUUGCCAAGGUUCUGGAGCUGGAGUACGUCAAGAGCGACAUCAUCUCCCUCUUCACUGCACUGGCCUCUGAUGAGCAGGACUCUGUGCGUCUGUUGGCGGUGGAGGCGUGCGUGAGCAUCGCCCAGCUGCUGCCCCAGGAGGAGCUGGAGUCGCUGGUCAUGCCCACACUGCGCCAGGCGGCCGAGGACAAGUCCUGGAGGGUGCGCUACAUGGUGGCCGACAAGUUCUCCGAGUUGCAAAAGGCAGUCGGGCCAGAGAUCACCAAGAAUGACCUGGUCCCAGCUUUCCAGAACCUUCUGAAGGACUGCGAGGCAGAGGUCCGUGCAGCUGCAGCCAACAAAGUCAAAGAGUUCUGUGAGAAUUUACCCGAGGAUGGCAGGGAGACCAUCAUCAUGACUCACAUUCUGCCCUGUGUGAAGGAGCUGGUGUCCGACACCAACCAGCAUGUGAAGUCAGCAUUGGCAUCGGUCAUCAUGGGCCUGUCCACCAUCCUUGGGAAGGACAACACCGUGGAGCACCUGCUGCCCUUGUUCCUGGCCCAGCUCAAGGACGAGUGUCCUGAGGUGCGCCUGAAUAUCAUCUCCAACCUGGACUGUGUGAACGAGGUGAUUGGCAUCCGCCAGCUCUCCCAGUCCCUGCUGCCCGCCAUCGUGGAGCUGGCCGAGGACGCCAAGUGGAGGGUGCGCCUCGCCAUCAUCGAGUACAUGCCCCUCCUGGCAGGACAACUGGGCGUGGAGUUCUUUGAUGAGAAGCUCAACUCCCUCUGCAUGGCUUGGCUCGUUGACCAUGUGUAUGCCAUCCGGGAGGCUGCCACCAACAACCUGAAGAAGCUGGUGGAGAAGUUUGGCCCUGAGUGGGCACAGAACACCAUCGUGCCCAAAGUGCUGGGCAUGGCCAACGACCCCAACUACCUGCAUCGCAUGACCACACUCUUCUGCGUCAAUGCGCUGUCUGAGGUGUGUGGGCAGGACAUCACCACUAAGCACAUGCUCCCCGUGGUGCUCAAGAUGGCUAACGACCAGGUGGCCAACGUGCGCUUCAACGUGGCCAAAUGCCUGCAGAAGAUCGGACCUGUCCUGGACAGCAAUUCUCUCCAGGCAGAGGUGAAGCCGGUACUGGAGAAGUUGGCCACAGACACAGACAUGGACGUCAAGUACUUCGCCCUGGAGGCCAUCAGUGUCCUGUCCCUGGCCUGAAGCAUCCUCGACGUUCCCCAUCAGUCAAGCGCAACGGAGCAACACACACCUGUUGCGUCUAUUUAUUGAUCUUAUUGAGCGCUCCCAGAUCUGUCUAGCUAGUUUUGGUUCCGUUUUCUUCCUCUGCUCAUUUUCCUGUGCUGACCACCGCUACCAUUUGCUCCGCUCAGCUCCUCUCCUCUCAGCUCCUAUCCUCUCCUCUCCUCUCCGCUCUGGUUGCUGGUGGGUUUUGUCCUCACAUGAGAAGCACCUGUCCAGCUAUGUCCCUUCCUGACCUGCAUGGGGCGCUGCAGAGCACAGAGAACCCUUGCCUGUGUGUGUGUGUGUGUGUGUGUGUGUGUGUGUGUGCAUGGCUAUGAGUGGAAUGUGAAGCACCUGUCAGCCAUACAUCUGGUAUGAUGAGUGUGUAUAAGUGCGUCUGUGUGAGAGUUUGUCUAAUGGUUAUUUAGUGCUUCUGAAGGAUGCUGCCCGAUCUCUCCUGUACAGAUCUCUCCUGCUGGGCAGAUGCUACUCCAGACAGCAGAUGAAGCCUGUCUUGUCCACGUUAACUGCUCACUCUGUGUGUAAGUGUGUGUGUGCCUAGACUGCUUCCUCUGGCUGUCUCCUUUCGUGUGUCAGCAGCAGAUGCUCUUUGCGUGUGUGUGUGUGUCUGUGUGCACGUCCGAGUGUGUGUACAUGUGUGUUCGGCGUUGGCCGCCAGGCCACACAGACGGUUUUCCUGUUCCUCCUCCUCCUCUCUCCCUUCCCCAGAGAGACGACCACUGUGCGUCCUCACUUUACCCCCCCCCCCCCUCUUCUUCGCUUUCCAGCUCUUCACUUUCCCCCUGCUUUAAGGGACCAUCUCUCAGAUGAGUAUUUGCUGGCAUAGACCAGACACACACACACACACACACACCACACACACACACACACACUUCAUGCUUCUUGGGAGUGUUGAGUUCAGUUGUAUAUACACUGGCUCCUUUUUGUUUUCUUCUGCUUUGGAUAAAUUCCGGAGACGCAGUGUUUCAGUUUCAAUCUUGAUCUUUGUCUGUGCCAAUAAAGAAGAACUUUUUUUUUUUCUUUUUCUUUUUUAAUUUGUUUUUAAGUGAUCAGUAUUUGUCCUGUUUUGUUAUUUUUGUGUGAUGGUCUCCUGUAGGGAUGAAGCAAUCACACGUCUGAGGCGGGUUUGGUUACCGGAGGGACGGGCAGAAGCAAGGGAUUCUGGGAAGGCAGUAUUUUUAAAGAGGGUUGUGGGGGUGAUGUCACUUCCUGAUUGUACACAAUGAAACUGUUCAUGUACCUAUCCCACAAUCCCUUGCCUCAGAUAUUCCCUCUGGUAGUGGGGUGUGUGGAAUCUUGGGAAUUGUAUCGUUUGUACCGUUAUAGAUGACUACAGCCAACACUGUAUAUGGAAAAACUGAAUAAAAACUCACAAAAAGA